AUGUCGUUGAUCACUCUUUUCACGCUCUUUACUUGUGCUAGUGCUGUUACGAGGCGGUUUGCAAUUGACGUGCAAUGGGGAACGGGCGCGCCAGAUGGCUUCGAACGUCGGAUGAUGUUGGUGAACGGCACUUCUCCUGGACCACCGUUGGUCGUUGAUCAAGGUGACAAUGUUGAGUUCUAUGUACGCAAUGGCUUGGACGUGGAAGCCACAGUCCACUUUCAUGGCAUUGUACAACAAAACACACCUUGGUCAGAUGGUGUGCCCGGACUGUCGCAACGACCUAUUGCUCCUGGAUCUGACUGGUUAUACAAAUGGACUGCUAAUGAAUAUGGAGCAUAUUGGUAUCAUGCACACUAUCAAGCUCAAGCCAGCGAUGGAUUUUAUGGACCUAUCUUAAUCAGGCCUCGACAAUCGGAGCCCAGGCCGUUCAGUGGCAUCACCAACGACCCGCAAGAACUGAGGGCGAUUCAACGAGCCGAGGACAAUCCACAUUUCAUCAUGGUUGCUGACUGGCAGCAUGUGACUUCAGAAGAAUUAUACGACAUCGAGAACCGCACUAAUAUCGAUGUGUAUUGCUCUCAAAGCAUACUGUUCAACGGAAAAGGCUCCGUUCCCUGCUUGACUCCUGACGAACAACGAGCGGCUAUACCACCUCCGUUCCAAUGGCUUUACGCACCGGGUGGACCCAUGGCUGAUCAAAACCUCACUGCUAAUGGCUGCGCCCCCUUCAAUGGAUUCACGAACAACCCCGGGCCCAUAAACCCGUCCGGACUUCCGAAAGAGGUAGUCGGAUGUGAAGCCACUCAAGCCGAACUGUCCGAUUUCAAAGUCGACCCCGCGGAACAAUGGGCUACCUUCCACCUCAUGAGUUCCACCUCCAUAUUGGCACCUGUCGUCUCUCUGGACGGGCAUGUAAUGUGGGUUUAUGCUGUCGAUGGUCGAUACAUCGAGCCCUAUCGGGUACAUGGAGUGCAGCUCUACAGCGGCGAGCGCUACUCGGUGAUGAUCCCACUCAACCAGGCUCCAGGCACUUACACGUUCCGCGCAAGUCACCUUGGCUUCAAUCAGAUUCUCAGCGGGUAUGCGACUGUCACCUAUACGGGUGGCGAUGCGGACGAAAAGGAUGAAGGUGGUUACAAUGGGGGCGGUGGUGGUAAGCCUCCUUCUUACGGACAACAUUUUCCCAGCAAAGGUCAUCAGCCCCAUAGCUACGGCGAGCAAGGUCCCAACAGUGAAAACGAUCCUGCACAUCCAGGAUCGAGGUUCCCUUGUUUUGAACACCCGCCAUCGAACUUUGCCCACGAGGCACGAAACUGCAUCAAGAACGGGAUUGACUCUUGGCUUCCAGGUCUUGGGCGGAAAGGUCUAGCAAAGCGUCAAUCAGACAACGACUCACAAGCGUACUUUACCUAUGGUGGAUUCCCUGUCUCACAAGAUGUCAUUCUCCUCAACACGACCAACAUCGUGCCAUUCCCGAAUGUACCACCCGCACGAGACGUCGACGCCACCCACAUUUUCUACAUGUCCAGAUUCCAAGCCCCAUGGCUCUGGACCGUAACAGGCCGAGCAGCAUACCCAAGUCACCCAGAAGAAUACGCCGAAGACACUCCACUCCUCUACUAUCCCAACAGCCCAGAAGCCAACAACCGCGACCUCGUGGUCCGCACCCAAAACAACACCUGGAUCGACCUCGUCUUCUUCGUAACCGACAUCUUCGGCCCACCACAUCCCAUGCACAAACACAGCAACAAAGCCUACGUCAUUGGCAAAGGCGUCGGAAACUGGACUUGGGACACUGUAGCAGAAGCUGCUGCCGCGCAACCACAGUAUUUCAAUUUCGAGAAUCCGCCGCUACGAGAUGGAUAUGCGACGGAACCUUCGGCCGGCCAGCCGGUUUGGUUGGUUAUAAGAUAUCAUGUGGAGAAUCCGGGGGCUUUUAUGUUACAUUGUCAUAUUCAGACACAUCUGGCGGGGGGAAUGGCUGUGGCUUUGCUGGAUGGUGUGGAGGAUUUCCCGGAGAUCCCGGAGGAGUAUGCUGUUGAUGGGAAUGGGAUGUGA